GUGCAGUACACCAUCAAAACCAUCCUAAUGCUUUAUUUUGUUGUUUGCAGGUGUAAUAAUACAGUGACUGUUAAACAAUGGAUGUUGAAGAGAGGAAUUAUGGUGGAUGUGAGGGGCCAGAUGCCAUGUAUGUGAAGCUGAUCUCCUCCGAUGGCCAUGAGUUUAUUGUAAAGAGAGAGCACGCUUUAACCUCUGGCACCAUCAAGGCUAUGUUGAGUGGACCUGGUCAGUUUGCUGAAAAUGAAACCAAUGAGGUGAACUUCCGGGAGAUCCCGUCUCAUGUCCUCUCCAAAGUUUGCAUGUAUUUUACCUAUAAAGUGCGCUACACCAACAGCUCAACAGAAAUCCCAGAAUUCCCCAUUGCUCCUGAGAUUGCCCUAGAACUGCUCAUGGCUGCAAACUUCCUAGACUGCUAAACCGGAAUGGAGUGUGUGUUAUUUGACUGACUUCAGUUUCAUCUUUUCACCUUAUGGUUCUAUGAUUUUGUAUUGAGUGUGUAUUUAUAAAUGUUUUGCUCCUUUGAUGCUGUUUUGUUUGUUUGUUUAUUUGGUAUUGUGUGUUUUGAAAUGACUAGAUAAUAUAAGUUGUGUAUGUUGUUUUAACAAUCGUUUUGUAUUUGAUAGCGUACAUACUACUACGACAAUUGUGAAAGUCUAUGAAAAAAUAUGAAUAAACCAAAUGUUUAACUGUCA